AUGUCAGCUUCAAACAGACACUCCCCCCGCCGCGAAAUGCCCUACCGGGAGCGUGGGUCAGGCCACGGCUCCCGAAAGCGCACCCGCUCCCCGGAACCAGACCCCAACCCUCCAUGGCGGAAACAGCACCAGUCUAAGAAACGCUCCCCCCCUCAUCCGCAGCGAGCGGAGAACAGCGCAGCCGGCCCCAGUGGUGGCGGAGACGACCACUUGGAGCGACGGAAGCAGGAGCGCCAUGUUCGUGAGCAGACGAGACUCAACGCGCUUCAGGAGGAUGAGCAAAUGCGGGAGUGGGUGAACCAGGAGGAUACGUUCGUGCUCAAGCAGGCGAAGAAGAAGGCUGAGAUUCGCGUUAAAGAGGGGAGGGCGAAGCCGAUUGAUUGGCUUGCAGUAAAUUUGAGGGUUAUCGAUAAGGAUAGGAGUCCGCUCGAUGACGAGAUUGCCGAUGAGGAUCUGGACGUUAUUGACCCGGUGUCCAUACUAGAUGGAUUGGACGAGAAGCAGUUGGAGGAAUUGGAGGCUGAGAUCGACGCCUAUAUUUUGCUGGAGACUAACAGCAAUAACCGAGAGUACUGGGCUGUAAGUUCUACCUCCCCUCUGCUGCUUCCUAAAGGCCCGAAAGUUAAUAUCCGCGUUCAGACUAUGAAGAUCAUAUGCCGAGACCGCCGCGAUAAGUCGAAGGAGUCUGCUCCGGAAGGUAGAGCUGUUAGUUCUGUUGCUGGAGAUGUCGAUAAACUCUUCAGCUCCAAGUCUCUAGAAGAACUACAAACACUUGAAGCUCAAAUCGUCAGGAAACUCAACUCGAAUGAGCCGAUUGAUGUAGAUUAUUGGAACGAGCUCCUACGUAGCUUGAGGGUUUGGAAAGCUAAAGCUAGCUUGAAGAAGAUUUACGGCGAUGUGAUCAAGAGCCGUCUAGAGAUCCUUGUUAGGCAGCAGAAGGAGGAGGCAAAGAGUGUCAGGGCAAAGCUCGAGGCUAUCCUCAGCGGAUCAAAGGGUGUUCUAGAAGGGCUCCAAUCAGAGGAUGAAAAGAAAAAUGUUGUCUAUAAAGAAAGCCGGGCUGUGCCUUACACCAUAGAAAUGGACCCGGAGCCAAUGUUGAGAUUACGCCACGAAGAGAAAGGACUAGAGUCCGCCGACGAGAAAGCCUUCCUCGAGCAUCUGGAGGAGGAACGCCAAAAGGUGCGAAAAAUGGGUUACGUCCCCGUGAAGGCUCGACAGCAAUACAAAGCCCCAUACAAGAAACGCUUCUUCUGGCAGAAACGCGCGCUGCCGAAAGUACCAGCACCCAAUGCCCCACCAACCUCCCGUUUUGCCGCAGUUUUCGAUAACGACGAUUUCUCGCAAGCUACGAAAGCCCUCUACGAACGGGAAGUUGCCCGCGGUGUCGGCGACAACGAAGAAAUCUUCACCGGCGAAGAGGAAGUUACCACGACGGGCCCCAAACCAGCCUGGGCGAGCAAAUACCGUCCCCGUAAACCCCGUUACUUCAAUCGUGUCCAGAUGGGAUACGAAUGGAACAAAUACAACCAAACACAUUACGACCACGACAAUCCCCCACCCCGUGUCGUUCAGGGAUACAAGUUCAAUAUCUUCUACCCGGACCUCAUCGACAAGACCAAAGCUCCCACAUACCGUAUAGAGCGUGAAGGUGGGCGCAAGAGGGGUCAAAGCUUCGCACCAGCAGGGGAGGAGGAUACGUGCCUUAUCAGGUUCAUUGCCGGACCUCCGUACGAGGACUUGGCGUUCAGGAUUGUUGAUAAGGAAUGGGAUUACUCUGCAAAGAGAGAGAGGGGAUUCAGGAGCUCGUUCGAUAAAGGGAUUUUACAAUUGCAUUUCCAGUUGAAGAAGAUUUAUUACAGGAAGUAGAAUAGCGCUAGAUAGAAGAGGUUGCGCACGGCAUUGUAUGUAUGCUGUCCGAUUGUUUGCCCGUGGCCACUUGCUGGCGGGUCGUUCGCCCUGGAGGGUCCCACUCGCAGUUGGAGCUAGCGCUCAACGUGUACGAGUAUGGAUAGUGGGAGUAUCGGCCCUAGUUUUACGAAAUAAACUAGGUCUACAACGCGGCAUCCUUUAAUCAUAUGAUAUUAUCAUACCGGUAUCAUAAUAUUAUUGUACGAGUAGUUUCUCUCCCUCUAUCUCCCCACCUUUAACCCCAAUCGACCGCCACAAAGCGAUAAAGCAGUACCUGCCGUAGGCUUUAUCAAAUGUUUUAUCUCCCAUUCCCAUUUCAGAAUGUAGGUUAGCCAGUAUCAAGCCC